CAAGUUUCUGGGGCAGAAAAGAAGCAACCGAAUCCACACACACUGUGAGUUCUCAAUGGAUGCAGCUGCAAAAUUAUUCAGAGCUGUGAAGCCGAAAUGUGUUACUUUGGCUCAGUUGACGCUUUCGGAAAACAGCACAACAGGGUCCAUAGAACUAUUGAAUGCUCUUAAAGACCUAGACUCUACACUCAAAUCGGAGAUUGAGACAAGCACAAAUGAUGGUCAACUCUCAAUUCCGGUAAACUUAUCAGACUACAUCAUGGUCCCAAUAACAAGACUAUUUCAAAGUGAUAGCAUGACAGAUUCAGAAUUAGAGGUUGUUUUAUCCAUUAUACAUGUUUUAUUGAAAUAUUCUUGGUGCCAACCUGGAGCAUUGUCCAACGAGCUAUUCAUACAAUAUGUCACGUUGAUAACCUUUUUGAUAGGGGGUAAACCUGGCCAGUUUUCUAUGAAAACACAUUCUGAUGAUACGGUUAUGAACGGUGUCCUGUGUCUUCAAGUUCUUUUGCAGGGAUGUCUGAACCAGGAUUCGACUUUCACUAGUCGGGUGUUGGAAAAUAGCAAGUUUGUCCCCACUUUGGGUUUUCUCGUUAGUACCUUAUUGAAUAUUGCGGUAGAAUCACAAAUUUCAGCCAUGAAGGCACACUCCCUGAAGACAUUAAACAUAUUAUUCCACUUGAUAGAUAACGGUGAAAUUUUGUCACUAUUCUUCCCCGGAAGUGUCUCCUCUAUUGCAAAGAUAGUCACAUCCAGGCCCCAUUCGAACGUGCUAUCUGAAGCCUUCGUAACUCUCACCACCCUUGUAAGCAGUAUUUUUUCAGACUUUGACCUAGAGGUUGAUGCGGAGAGCAAAUUCAAUUCAUUAGACUCCUUGAGGGACAGUAUCGAGGAUUCUCCAAAGGAGAACCUGGAUUUCCCAAUAAAUACAGACCUUCAACCCAAUUCUUCGCUUGUAAUCACUAUUCCGGAAAGUGCAACUUCUUUGAAGCAGCAUCGAACUACUUCGUGGUUAAGGUCUACCCUAAAUCAGUUUGGAAAAGCCUUGGAAAUAAUCCUCAAAGUAGAUUUGAAAAGGUAUGAUAAAUUCAACAUCCGAGAUGCAAUUUUUCAAUUUGACGUGAAGAUAAUCAGGAGUAGUUUUUUAUCUUGUUAUCCUUUGAUACCCAUGCUUUUGCGAUCAUUAUCCGCAAUAUGUUUUGCAGACCCAACGUUUAUACCUUUGACUAUUGAGUCUUUGGUUUACAUACCCGAAAACGAAUUAUUGAAACUACUGUUGAAAAAAGCGCUAGAAGAUGAACUCCAUAAGAUGCAAUAUAAUUUUUCUUCUCCUGAUGCUACAAAGGCAGAAUUGAUGAUCCAAUUCAUAGAUCUAUUGAUAAAAAUUCUUAAUGGUAUGAAUGGUAUUGAUGCAUCAAUGCUUGAAAAGACGCUAUCAAGGCUUCAAGAAAACAUUGCUUUGUUAUUAGAGGUUAAGAGCACCAGUGACUCCAAGAAAAAGGUUCACGCUUCAAAUAAACAGGCCCUCUCUAUGGAGAGAAAAUUGUUACUAGUUUCUUCUCACUAUGAUAAAUCCACCUAUGACGGGUUACAAAAGACACCUUUAUUCAACGGAAUAAUAACGAAAGAAACAGAAACAGCACUCGAGAAUCUUUUUGAAACCAUAUCGGAAAAUAUAGAACAAAUAGCCCAUUUUGAUAUGUCAAACAUUCAGGAGGGAUUCAUUUCUUCCAACCCUAAUAUUACAGUACAUCACGCUGUUUCUUCUUGGAUUUUAUCUCACAUUACAAAAAAUGUGAAAACAAAAAAACCGUUUGACCCAGAAGAUUAUUUUGAAAUCGUCGAUGAUAAUGAAGCGAACUUUGCUACUGGUGAUUCGUUGACCUUAUUACAUAACCUAACAUAUUUUUCACUCGAAACCUCGACACAAACGUUGAAGAAAUGUUCUGAAAGUUCCACCGAGUUAUUCAGCAUUACCUCCUCAUCAAUAAUGUGUUUGAGAGCAAUCAGUAAUACGAUGGACGUCCUCGGAAUAGAAUUUCAGGAUGAGUUAAUUGACUUGCUCUAUCCAAUCGUUGAAUGUCUAGCGUCUUCGAGUGAACUGAUAAGAACUGAAGCACAAAUAGUGGUUUUGAAGUUGGCCAAUUUACUUUACGAUGGUUCAAUUGAGAAGCUCCUUUCAGAGAAUGCAGAUUAUUUGAUCGACACUUUAUCUGGCAAAUUGGUGGGUGAAUGUUUGACACCGAAAAUACCGAUCAUAUUAUCUGUCUUAGUGAAAAUAGGCUCGCUUGAUAUAGUUGCAGAAUUGGAUGAUAUAAUUAGAACUAUAUUUACGUUGUUGGAUAUGUACCACGGUUACACUUCACUUGUUGAGGGUUUCUUUUUGGUCUUUGACGAGCUUCUAUCAAAAGUCUAUAAUGAUCAAAAGGAAUUUGACUUUGAGCAACUUGCUACUGAUUUGGAAGAUGAGAAUGUUCUAGCCUUUGGCAUGUGGGGACUGAAAUCAAUGGAUGAGGUCGAUGAGUUUAUAAAUAAGUAUGAUGUUGCAUUUGAUGAUAUGAAUGAUAACCAAAAUGAUGAUAUGGGAGUUGCUGAGGAACCAUUGAGGAAAAGCAAGAUUCUGGAAAUUGAUAGUGAUGAUGAUAGUGAUGACGAGAAUGAUACAAAAUCCAUUCCCUCUCAAAUGAACGGAGAAGAUUCCGAUGAUGAAGGUGGAGAUGAUGGCACUAAAUGGGUAUCUCCAAUAAAUGUUAAGCUUUAUAAUACCAUCACAAGCAUUCUAUCAUAUGCGGAAAGACUAGCUCAGACCAAAUCGGUGCCAUUAGUUAUUUUACUUUUGAAGGUUAUUGACCGAAUCAUCCCACUUAUAGCCACUCAGAAGUCGAAAUUUUUACCUAUAAGUGCCAAUUUGUGGGGAAUCGUUUCCUCUAUAUUGAACGAGACGGAAGACUUCAGAGUAAUUUCUCGCAGCAUCGAUGUUCUGCAAAAUUUAAUUAAAUUUGGUCACACCUUCUUUGUCACGAGGUUUUUGGAUUUGUUUGUUUUGUUAGGGAAAAAUACUAGGAUCAAAUCUUUGAUUGAAAAGCAGAAUAGAAUCCUCAUCAUGUCAGAACAAAAGAAACUUGAUAAAAAAGAUACCACGCUAAUUCUCAAUCAGACUAGCACAUCGACAAACUGGGACCUCAAUACUUUUAACAAAAUCUGCGAAUUUCUUCUUUUCUCUUUAAGCAAGCUAGGUCGGUUUAUUCCUAUUGACACAGCGAUAUCAAUUAUCAGAAUUACCAUCCACUACGAUAAAGACGUCGACCACUACGGCUAUUUUGAUGAUUUGGCGAUUUUUUUGACAGAAUAUGAGGCGGAAAAAACAAGAUAAUGUUGGAGUGUUAACUUUCUAUAGCUUCAAUGUUGAAUCAUGUAUAUACCGUAGGAAUAAACCAGUAUAAAGCUUCAAUCGAUAUGCAGGA